UCACUUCUCUCCCCUCCCGCCCUCCACUCGCUCACCCCCCUUCCUUUCCCCUUCUCCCCCUCUUUGUAGCCCCUCCCCCUCACCAUUGAAAAGGGCUGGCUCGGCCCCUGCUCUGUGCAGUCGGUGAACUGUCAGGGCGGGAGGAGCUUUGAGCCCGAGCUGCAAACAGCGGCCCGCGCGGCAAAGCAAAAGGAAGAAAAAGAGUGCGAAGAGUGGCAGCGGCGACACCGGCAGCCCAGGCAGCCCCGGCGGCUCGAACAGCCUCAGAAGCAGCCUCCACGACUCCAACUGCUCCGCGGACUGCGAGCUGUGGCGGAAGAGCCCGCUACAGCAAUCGCAGUCGCCGUGGAGCUGGCGGAAGCCUUUUCUCCCGUACGCUUACCACCUCAUUCUACUCAAGAGGCUUCGUUCAUUGGGAAAAUCCUUUUGUGAGUAAGAAGGAUUCCACCCAUCACAUACCAGAGAGGUCUUGCCUCAGCUGCUCUCAACUUCAUAGUCUUGGGAAGAAGCUGACAAGCUUGGCUGAUUGCAGAGCACUAUGAGGACUGUACGAAAGUGGGUUUUAAUUCAGAUAUUUCAAGUUUUCUGUGGGUUGAUACAGAGAACCGUCACAAUUGUGCCUGGUAUGGACUUGUUGUCCGGGACGUAUAUAUUUGCGGUCCUGUUAGCAUGCGUCGUGUUCCAGUCUGGCGCCCAGGAGAAGAACUACACCGUUCGAGAAGAAAUGCCAGAAAACGUCCUGAUAGGCGACUUGUUGAAAGACCUCAACUUGUCGCUGAUUCCAGACAAGUCCUUGACUUCUCCCAUGCAGUUUAAGCUAGUGUACAAGACUGGGGAUGUGCCACUGAUUCGGAUCGAAGAGGGUACUGGUGAGAUCUACACUACCGGCGCUCGCAUUGAUCGUGAGAAGUUAUGUGCUGGUAUCUUGGUAGAAUCCCGUUGCUUUUAUGAAGUGGAGGUUGCCGUUUUGCCAGAUGAAAUAUUUAGACUGGUUAAGAUACGUUUUCUGAUAGAAGACAUAAAUGACAAUGCACCAUUAUUCCCAGCAACGGUUAUCAACAUAUCAAUUCCAGAGAACUCAGCUAUAAACUCAAGAUACGCUCUUCCAGCUGCCAUUGAUCCUGACAUAGGAAUAAAUGGAGUUCAAAACUACCAACUAAUUAAGGGUCAAAGUAUAUUUGGGCUUGAUGUCAUUGAAACACCAGAAGGAGACAAGAUGCCACAACUGAUUGUUCAAAAGGAGUUAGAUAGGGAAGAGAAAGAUACAUAUGUGAUGAAAGUAAAGGUUGAAGAUGGUGGCUUUCCUCAAAGAUCCAGUACUGCUAUUUUGCAAAUAAGUGUGGCUGAUACAAAUGACAACCACCCAGUCUUCAAAGAGAAGGAAAUUGAAGUCAGUAUACCAGAAAAUGCUCCUGUAGGUACAUCAGUGACACAACUCCAUGCCACAGAUGCGGACAUAGGUGAAAAUGCCAAGAUUCACUUCUAUUUCAGCAAUCUAGUCUCUAACAUCGCCAAGAAACUAUUUCACCUCAACAGCACUACUGGACUUAUCACAAUCAAAGAACCACUGGAUAGGGAGGAAUCACCAAACCACAAGUUACUUGUUUUAGCAAGUGAUGGUGGAUCAAUGCCAGCAAGAGCAAUGGUGCUGGUAAAUGUUACAGAUGUCAACGACAAUAUACCAUCAAUUGAUAUAAGAUACAUCAUCAAUCCAAUCAAUGGCACUGUGGUUCUUUCAGAAAAUGCUCCCCUCAACACCAAGAUUGCUCUUAUAACUGUGACGGAUAAGGAUGCUGACCACAAUGGAAGGGUGACAUGCUUCACAGAUCAUGAAGUCCCUUUCAGAUUAAGGCCAGUAUUCAGUAAUCAGUUCCUCCUGGAGACUGCUGCAUAUCUUGACUAUGAGUCCACAAGAGAGUAUGCCAUUAAACUACUGGCCGCAGACGCUGGCAAACCUCCUUUAAAUCAAUCAUCUAUGCUCCUUGUCAAAGUGAAAGAUGAAAAUGACAAUGCUCCAGUUUUCACCCAGCCUUUCAUAAGUCUUUCUCUCCCUGAGAAUAACUCUCCAGGCAUCCAACUGACAAAAAUCAGUGCAACAGAUGCAGACAGUGGGCGUAAUGCUGAGAUCAAUUACCUGCUAGGUGCUGAUGCGCCAUCUGAAUUCAACCUGGAUCAUCGUACAGGCGUUCUGACUGCAGUGAAGAAACUAGAUAGAGAAAAACAGGAAAAAUAUUCUUUCACAGUUUUUGCAAAAGAUAAUGGGAUGCCACCCUUGGUGACCAAUGCCACCGUCUUAGUGACUGUUCUUGAUCAGAAUGACAACAGCCCAGUUUUCACUCACAAUGAAUAUAAUUUCUAUGUCCCUGAAAACCUUCCAAGACAUGGCACAGUAGGACUAAUCACUGUAACUGAUCCUGAUUAUGGAGAAAAUUCUGCAGUUACUCUCUCCAUUUUAGAUAUGAAUGAUGAUUUCACCAUUGAUCCACAGACUGGUGUCAUCCGACCAAAUAUUUCAUUUGAUAGAGAAAAACAAGAAUCUUACACUUUCUAUGUAAAGGCUGAGGAUGGCGGUAAGACAUCACGUUCUUCAACUGCUAAAGUGACCAUAAAUGUGGUCGAUGUUAAUGAUAACAAACCAGUUUUUGUUGUCCCUUCUACCAACUACUCCUUUGAAUUGGUUCUACCAUCCACUAUUCCAGGAACAGUGGUCUUCAAGGUAGUUGCCAUCGACAGUGACGCGGGCAUGAAUGCAGAACUUCGUUACAGCAUUGUAGGAGGAAAUGCAAAAGGUCUGUUUAUAAUUGACCAAAUAACAGGCAACAUUACACUAAAGGAAAAAUUUGUAGUUGCAGAUCUUGGUUUACACAGACUAAUAGUCAAAGCUAAGGACUUAGGACAACCUGAUUCUCUCUUCAGUAUUAUAAUUGUUAAUCUAUUUGUAAAUGAGUCAGUGACCAAUGCUUCACUGAUUGAUGAACUGGUGCGCAAGAGCAUUGAAAAACCUGUGACCCAGAAUAUUGAGACAACUGAUGCGUCAUCACCAACCAGUGACUAUGUCAAGAUCAUGGUUGCUAUCGUUGCUGGCACCAUAACUGUCAUCUUAGUAAUUUUCAUCACUGCUGUAGUAAGAUGCCGACAGUCCCCACAACUUAAGGCUGCCCAGAAAAACAAGCAGAAUUCAGAGUGGGUUACUCCAAACCCAGAAAAUAGGCAGAUGAUGAUGAUGAAGAAAAAGAAGAAGAAGAAAAAGAAGCAUGCCCCUAAGAACUUGCUGCUUAACUUUGUCACUAUUGAAGAAACUAAAACAGAUGAUGCUGACACUGAUGGAAAUAGUGUCACACUAGAUCUUCCCAUUGAGCUGGAAGAGCAAGCCAUGGGCACCUACAACUGGGGCACUACCCCUACUACUUUUAAGCCUGAUAGCCCUGAUUUGGCCCGUCAUUACAAAUCUGCCUCUCCACAGCCUGCCUUCCAGAUCCAGCCUGAAACUCCACUGAACUCAAAGCACCACAUCAUCCAGGAACUGCCUCUUGAUAACACCUUUGUGGCCUGCGAUUCCAUCUCCAAGUGUUCCUCCAGCAGUUCUGAUCCCUACAGCGUUUCUGAGUGCAGCUAUCCAGUGACAACUUUUAAGGCCCCUGUGUCUAUUCACUCCAGGCCGACUGAUUCCAGGACAUCAACUAUUGAAAUCUGCAGUGAGAUAUAACUUUCUAGGAACAACAUAAUUUCAUUUCCCUCCCCCCAAAAUUCCAAUGAUUUGUGAUUAUAAAAUUUGGCUAAGAUUUUGUGAUCUGAAUUUCCCAUUAUAAAAGCAAGCAAAACAAGACCACUUUAAAAUGGAUUUCCCAUUGAAUCUUAUGCUUAUGUUAGCUGAUAUCUGGCAAUCACAAUUUAAAAUCUGUGGAAGAAACAGUACAGUGAAAUAACAAUUUUAUCAUGCUGUUUCUCUGUGUGCUUGCUCUGAAUGGCAACAACUGUAAUGUAGUAUAAUACUGUCCUGGUGUACACAAUGAUAGUUAAUACAUCAAACAUGAAACAUGGAGUUACAUGCCCUGUCUGAUUGCUGAAGAGUUAAACAUCAUCUCCGGGGGUUUGGAAGUGAAGCUGAACUAUCCAAGCUACCCUUCUGAAAGGUAUCCAGGGCAAGAUAUUAUUUAAGUCCAAAAAAAUAAGAUGAAUGCAAGCCAAAAAACUUAAAUUUAAUUUUUAUGAAAAUGUUAACUAUUAUAGUGUUGCUGAGAAAUCACUGUAAUUAGUUAUCACACUGUUUAAAAGUUGGAUG